AUGUUGAUGGCGCGGCUCCUCCUCUCCCCUCAGGAAGGAGACGUGGCGGCACCGCCCGCCCUCCGGGAGCCGCCGGCCGGGAUGAGGGGCCGUCGGCAGCGUUCCCCCAGCCCCAGGGCGUUGCUGUGCGGUCUCCUGGCAGCCGUGGCGGCGGCGGUGACGGAGGGCGGCCGGGCGCUCCCGCAGCUCAGUGACGACAUCCCGUUCAGGGUGAACUGGCCCGGCACCGAGUUCAGCCUGCCGACGACCGGUGUCCUGUACAAGGAGGAUAACUACAUUAUAAUGACCACUGUGGAUAAAGAGAAAUAUAAAUGUAUACUCCCGCUGGUAGCGAGCGGCAGCGAGGAAGAAGAAAAGGACUACAAAGGUCCUACUCCAGGAGAAUUGCUGGAACCGCUUUUUAAGCAAAGUAGCUGUUCAUAUAGAAUUGAAUCUUACUGGACUUACGAGGUCUGCCACGGCAAACACAUCCGUCAGUACCACGAGGAGAAGGAGACGGGGCAGAAAAUAAACAUCCAAGAAUACUAUCUGGGGAAUAUGAUGAUAAAGAGCCCAUUAUCAGAACCAGAUCAAGAAGAGAAGGAAAAUCCAAAAGAGAGUGCAAAAGAGAUCCCUACAAAAAACAUAGAAGGGCAGAUGACUCCCUACUACCCCGUGGAGAUGGGGAACGGCACGCCUUGCAGCUUGAGGCAGAACCGGCCCAGGUCAAGCACAGUGAUGUACGUCUGCCAUCCAGAAGCUAAACACGAGAUCCUCUCCGUAGCAGAAGUUACGACCUGCGAAUACGAAGUGGUUAUACUCACGCCUCUGUUAUGCAGCCAUCCUAAAUACAGGUUCAGGGCGUCCCCCGUGAACGACAUCUUCUGCCAGUCUCUGCCAGGAUCCCCGCUCAAACCCCAUAAUCUGGAGCAGCUGGAGAAGCAGCAAGAAAUGAUGAAGAUGCCUUUCAGAAGGGUCAAGGAAGAAGAAAUGCAUUCGACAAAGGAGGAGAAGUUUUCUUCCAUCCAUAAGCCUGUUGCUGUUGGCAGCCACCAGCUAUUAACUGUGGGAACAACCCACAUCUCCAAACUGACCGACGACCAGCUCAUCAAGGAGUUUCUCAGUGGUUCCUACUGCUUCCAUGGGGGCGUUGGUUGGUGGAAGUACGAAUUCUGCUACGGCAAAUACGUUCAUCAGUAUCAUGAGGAUAAGGAAACGGGCAAGACGUCGGUGGUGGUGGGUACCUGGAGCAAGGAGGAGCACAUCGAGUGGUCGAGGAAGAACGCGGCUCGAACCUUCUACCUGCGCGAGGACGGCACGCAGACCGUGAGGAUGGUGUCUCACUUCUAUGGAAACGGAGACGUCUGUGACUUAACCGACAAGCCAAGGCAGGUGACUGUGAAAUUGAAAUGUAAAGAGUCAGAUUCCCCUCACGCUGUGACCAUAUACAUGUUGGAACCUCAUUCUUGCCAAUACAUCCUCGGGGUGGAGUCUCCGGUCAUCUGUAAAAUCCUGGACACGGCGGACGAGCACGGGCUCCUCUCGGUGCCCAGCUGAAGCCACGUACUGCAGCCCCGCUGGCGACUCGCGCCAACACGCGCCGCUGAGAGGAGGGAGGCGGCGAGCGGCCUCACCAGCAGAACCCCGGCGGACGAGGGACUGGGAGCCAUUUGUGUAUAACUAUGUGUAUAUAAGAGGUUAUCGAGAAACUUUUAAUGAUUAAAUUCUUGUCUUGCA